UUCUUCCUUUCCUUCUCCUACAAAUAUAACCUCUCUCUCAUUCUGUUUCCCUCCUCUGAAACUGGGACCCUUUAACAUAUCAAAUCCACUUCCCUAAAAGAAAAAUCAUGGAACCUGCGUGCUUAGUCGACGACGCCGAGUUCUGGCUUCCGCCGGAGUUUCUCACGGACGACGAUUUCAUCGUGGAGAAGGAGAGCAAAGAGUCUGUGUUCUCGUACGAGACGAGUCAUAGCUUCGCGUUGGACUCGAGUUACGGUGACGACGAAGAGAGUUUCUUAGCCGGAUUGAGCCGGAAAAUGGCUCAGUCAACUCUUCAAGACGAUUUCUCCGGCGCCAAGGCGUGGGGUAUGACUCGUCCGACUCAGUCGACACGUUGUGGUGGCGGUUACGGUUGUCAGACGCGAGUUUCUUCUUCUCAAUCGGCGGCGGCGUGGGAUAUAUACUGUGCCGCUGCAGAGGAGCUGGCGAUGAUGAGUCUGAACGGUUACAACAACCGUCAUAGUGGCAGAGGACUCGCCGCAGCUAAAAUCUCUAACGACGGCUCCGGCUUCUACAGCCGCCAAUCUCUUCAAUACCAGAAGCUUCAAGCUAUUCAACUAAAGCAGCUACAGUUGAUGAAAGAACACCGUCGCUAUUUGGCGCAGCAGAGUGUUGAUAGUCGCACUAAAAGUACUACUCCUGUUCAUGUUGAUUUGUCGCCAUCUGCUGCAUGGCCACAGAGGCGUGGUGUUUCUGGCAUGCGUGCUGUUUCCCUCGGUGGUGACCGUACCGGAACCGGCGUGUUCUUGCCUCGAAGCGUUGACCGAACUUCCCCUGUAACCGCCCAGACUCGCAACAAGCCCAGUCUUGGUACGGUUUUGGUUCCGGCUAGAGUGGCGCAUGUACUUGACCGAAACGAAUCUGUGGUCCACCAGACGCCAGUCCGAUCUUCAGCUAGUUUCAACGAUGGGUCGUGGAGACAGAGGAGUAACAAUGGUGGGUACUCGAGCCAGAUGAUGAUAGAGCAGACAGUUAACGAGCCUCGGUUACCUUCGGAUUGGGCUUACUGACCACUUGUGGGUGUUUUUAGGUAAAGGUUUAAAGUAAAGUGAAGGAGGAAUAAAGAUAAGAUUUUGAAGACUUGAUCGAAAAAAAAAAAAAAAAUUUGAAGACAGGGUGUAGUGAAGUAGCGGCAAAAUUAGGGUUAUAUAGAUAAAGGAAGGAGAAAAGACGAAGAAAAAAAUGUGGACAGUGACGAGGGUUUUGGAUCGUUUAACCACCAUUGAUGAUGACUAAUAGGAGAACAAAAGGAGCUUUGAGAGAGGAUAAGCUGUUUCUUAUUUUGUUUGUUUUUGGUCUUCUCUGGGAAAUUUAAUAAUAACAGUCUGUCACCGGGCUGUUUCUUUUCCCCUUCCUCUCUCCCUCUCUUUUGUUCUCACAGCUUCUUAAGCAAUGGAGAAAGUACUAGUAGAAAUAAGAGAGACUUACACAAUAAGACACUUUCGUCUUUCUUUUAUCAUUAUAAGACACAAGUUGCAUGA